AUGUUUAUUUCAAUCAGUUAUCAAUUAAUAUUGAUUAUAUUAGGUAUUUAUUCUAUUACUGCUCAAUCUCCAUGUGAUAUAGUGACUUUUGAAUAUGGAAAUGUUUGUCGAUGUACAGAAAAGUAUUGUGAUGUUAUAGAUCCAUUAGGAAUUAUACCAAAUGCACAAGCUGCAGUAUAUGAAAGUACAUCAGAAUAUGCAGGAACUCAUCGAUUAACAAAAUUACCCAAUUUACAAUUUCAAUCACAACGAAAUCCUAAUAUAACUGAUUUAUAUGAAAUUGAUUAUACAACAACCUAUCAAACAAUUAUUGGUUUUGGUGGAGCAUUUACUGAUUCAUCUGCUGUAGUUACUAGUCAAUUAUCUGAAAAUUUACAAAAAAUCUUAUUAGAGCAGUAUUUUGGUAAAGAUGGUUUAAAUUAUAAUAUUGGACGUAUUCCAAUGGGAGCUGCUGAUUUUAGUUUAUCUCUAUAUACAUAUGCUUCUGUUCCAAAUGAUUUUGAUUUAAAUAAUUUUACUAUAUCUAUGGAUUUACCAAUAAAAAUUCCAUUUAUAAAAUCUGCUAUGGCUAUGAGUAAUGAAACAAUUUAUUUUUUCGGUUCACCUUGGUAUGCACCAGAUUGGUUAAAAAAUGCAAGUAAUCCUGUUGGAACAUUAAAUGGUGUUCCUGGUGAUAAAUAUCAUAAAAGUUGGGCACGUUAUUUUAGUAAAUUUAUUGAAGCUUAUGAAUCACAAGGAAUACCUAUUUGGGGAAUAACUUCACAAAAUGAAUAUAGUCAAGUAAAAGAUUUUAAAGGAUUAUUUUAUACAUCACAACAAUUAGCAGAUUGGGUACGAGUAGAUUUAGGACCAGAAUUACGAACAAAUCAUCCAUCAGUUAAAAUCAUGAUUUAUGAUGAUGAUAUGGAUUUAAUGUUUAUAAGAAUUGCAGAGAUGAUAAAUCGUAAUACUAGUAUUAAUAAGUAUGUUGAUGGAAUUGCGGUUCAUUGGUAUGCAACGGUAGAUAUGAUAUUUCCAGAUUUUUAUGAAAUGUAUAUAACAAGAUUAGCAUUUCCACAAUUUUUUUAUUUUGCAUCAGAAGCUUGUGAAGGAUAUUUGAAAGCUGAUGAAGGACCAAAAAUGGGUAUGUGGCGACGUGGAACAAAUUAUGCUUUAUCAAUUAUUGGUGAUUUACUUGUUGGAGCAACAGGUUGGACUGAUUGGAAUGUUGUAUUAGAUUUACACGGUGGUCCAAAUCAAUUUCAAUAUUAUGUCGAUUCACCUAUCAUAGCAAAUACAACAAGUGGAAAUGUUUUUUAUAAAAAUCCAAUGUAUUAUGCAAUGGGACAUUUUUCAAAAUUUCUUCCACGAGAUUCUAUUCGUGUUGAAAUGAAACUGGUGAAAGAAGAAAAGAUGCGUUAUGUUGUACCAUUGAAAAUUGUUAGUUUCAAAACACCAAUUAAUCAAAUGGUUAUUAUUGCUUUAAAUCAAGAUACAAACCACACACAAAUCGUACAAGUAAAAGAUCCUAAUCAUGGUUAUUUAACUUUAACAUUAUUACCAGAAUCAAUACAGACAAUUGUUUACAAUGUUGCAACUACUGACUAG